CUUAAAUACUCAUUGAAGCAACCAUUUCUCAAACUCUCCCACAUUCAUAGCUAUAGAGCUCUAAAAUUUGCUCAAGAAAAUGGCUAAAAUUCUCCAUUUUCUUCUCAUUUGCAUGUACAUUUUAUUUUCUUUGUUCUUUCCUAUAAUUUUCUCUGAUUCUUCUGUUGAUGGUUUUAUUUAUGGUGGUUGCUCACAAAUAAAAUAUUCACCCGACUCGCCUUACGAGUCGAAUCUCAACUCACUACUCACUUCACUAGUCAAUUCUGCAACUUACUCGUCGUACAACAAAUAUAGCAUAGUGGGGUCCACCCAACAAGACAUGAUCAACGGUCUAUAUCAAUGUCGAGGCGAUUUGUCCAUGCCGGAUUGCGCCACGUGUCUAGCACGCUCGGUGAGUCAACUCACUGAGUUGUGCCCGCAGACUUGUGGUGGAGCUCUACAAUUACAAGGGUGUUUUGUAAAGUACGAUAAUAGUUCUUUUUUGGGCUCGGAGGAUAAAACUGUGGUGAUGAAGAAAUGUGGGCCAUCUAAUGGGUUUGAUUUAGAUGAAAUGGGCCGAAGGGAUGCUGUUUUGAGAAGUUUAAUGGGUGAUAAUCGGCUUUAUAGGAUUGGUGGGUCAGAAGAUGUUCAAGGUAUGGCCCAAUGUGUGGGCGAUUUGAGUAUCGCCCAGUGUCAAGAUUGCUUAUAUGAGGCGAUCGGACGGUUGAAAAAAGAGUGUGGUGGUGGUGUUUAUGGUGAUAUGUUUUUGGGAAAAUGUUAUGCUAGGUAUACAACUAGUGGAGCUCAUCUUUAUGCUAAACCUAAUCAUCAUGAUUCUCAUAGUGAAAGUGAGAAGACAUUUGCGCUUAUCAUUGGAUUAUUAGCUGGGGUUGCUCUUCUCAUCAUUUUCUUAACUUUCAUGAGAAGAAUAUUUGCAAGAAAUGGUAAAUAAAUUGUAUAAUAAAUUCUGCAAAUUUGAUCUGCUUUUGCUGGCCUUGUACUCCAUGAUCUACAUCAACUUGUCCUUUUCUUUUCUUUUUAUCUUUAGUCUUUUUAGGAGAAGAUUUAUUUUAUAUUAUUUUUCAUUGAAAAGGAGAUUUCUAAGUGAAGAUGAGCUCUAAGGAUGUGUAGUGUGUACUAUAAAAAAUAAGAACAUUGAAAAAGAGAAGUAAAAGCCUGGCUCCGCUCUUUCACUUUGAUGUAAAGAAAUUACUUUUGCUUUUUGUGAAUGUUGUACUAAUUGGAUACUUUCACAUGUUACUUUGGAUUAUGAAUU